AUGAAUACAUACGACCCGGUAGCCAUUUUGAUUUAUACGACAACGAUAGCUUACCAGUUUUACCAGACCGCAGCUGAUCCUUUCAUUUUGGACGACGAUAGCGUGAUCAAAUCAAACGAGAGACGAAUAUUUCGCUGGAAAUUACAGUAUGAUCCACGCAAUUCAUCGCUUCUAAGUACGUGUCGUAAUUCUGUCCAGGGGAAGGUACUUAUUGCGGACGAGAAGGGGUAUUUGUGUGAACGAUCUGAUGUAUUAGGGAAUGGUUGCUGUGAUAUCACUGCUGAGAAAACAGUCCUGCAUUGUUGUGAUAAAUGUCUAGAUAACGGUUGCUGUAGUAUUUAUGAACAUUGUGUAUCGUGUUGUUUACAACCUCAAAAACAACAACUAUUGCAGGGAGUUUUAGGCAGAGCAAGUAAAGCCUUUCAGAUAUUGUUUUCGUCAGUCACUGAUCACUUUGAACUUUGUCUAGCAAAGUGUCGUACGUCAUCUGAAAGUGUACAACAUGAGAACACCUACCGAGAUCCUGAAGCCAAGUACUGUUACGGAGAUAACCCACCGGAUUUACAACCAGCAAAUUAA